GUUCCUCUUAUAUUAUAUACUUCUCUUACCAUUCGAACAGAACACAUCCUUUUUUAUUCAUAUCUUUCAAUUCUCAUUACUUCCACUGAAUGAAAUAACGAUAUGAAAUGAUCAUAACUUAAUGAAGUAAUGAUGCAAGAUAAAAUAGAAGUUUUCUUAUAGAAUAAUCAAAAAAUACUAUUCAUCAUAACAAACUUUUAUUCUCUCAACACUUGGAAUGAAACAGAAUAAAAUAAAGAAAAAAAUGAAGAAACAUAAAGAAUGACAACAAUAUAAUGACAGAUUAAUAAUACAAACAAAAAACUUGAAAAAUAUAACUUUCUCAAAAUCAAUAUCUAUUAUGGAAAAUCUCCUUGCAGAAGGUAUACAUAAAAUAUCGAUCGAUUGUAAUUUACUGCAAUUGUUACAUAUUAUACUAUUAUUAUUAUAAAAAAAUAACACUAUGAAAAUAUAAAUAGAUAAAAGAAAUAAUAAAUAAUAUAUUAAGCCGAGGUAUAGUCAAAUGAUUCUUCGAGUUUUACAUAACAGUCGAUAUCUGACUAGAAAAAUGGACGUAUUCGACAAACACUAUUAUACCUAUCGUUUUAUAUUGAAAAUUAUAGGAUUAUGGCCAUACAAUAAUUCAGUCUAUGUGUGGAUUCAGAGAUUAUUAUUAUUGACAUUCUAUGUUGGCAAUAUAAUAUUUCAGAUUGUGUUACUUUUAAGAUCUAAAAUUACGGUACGAAACUGUGUUUUAAUACUGUCUACAACUUGUCCACUUAUAAUAAUUUCGUUACGAUAUAUAUGUUUUAUAUUAUUUUUCCCUAAGAUAAAAUAUUUAUUUCAUCAUAUGUGUAUGGAAGAAAAUAUAAUACAAGAUUCAAUAGAAGCACAGAUACGAACGAAAUAUAUCAGUGAUUCUCGUCAUAUGAUCGAAAUACUUUUAUGGAUGGCUUAUGCAACUAUUACAUUGUACAGUAUAUUAGGAUUGUGUCCUAUAAUAUUCAUAAUCCUUUUGAACGAAUCUCCUAUACGUAUGCUUCAUUACGUUACAUUACUUUCUGUCAAUGGAACUAUAUAUUUUUACAUUUUAUGUUUAGAUUUUCUAUUUAUUAUCAUAUUUGGAUUAUUAUCUAUGAUAUGUACGGAAACUAUAGUUGGAAUUUAUAUUUAUCAUACAAGUAUAUUGUUUAAAAUUAUUAGCCAUCGAAUACAAAAAAUUAUUGCGUAUUUAAAUAUGUUUAAUCUCUUAUCGAAUCAAAUUGAGUCAAAACUCGCAGAGCUUUAUUGUGUAGUGGAUAUUCAUAAUCAAGCUAUCCAGUUGUUAGUAAAUGCGAUUACAAUUAAGAAGGAUCAAUUAGAAAUUUUAAUCUCUCUUAUAAUUUUUGUCAAUCAUUUGGUGAUUAUGUUUUUAUGCAACCAUACUGCUCAGAUACUUAUAAAUAACAAUGAAGAAUUUUUUCAUGAAUUAUAUAUAUCUGUAUGGUAUUCCGUACCAUUAAAAGUACAAAAGAUUUUAUUACUUAUUAUGAUACGAAGCUCAAUGGCAUGUAUAUUUCAUAUCUGUGGUGUGUUCGUUCCAUGCCACGCAGGAUUUACAACGAUGUUAAGUACCUCGUUUUCAUAUUUUACUUUGAUGUAUUCGAUACAAUAG